UGCGGCUGCAGAUGCUGAGCUGUCCGCUGGCUGGGCAGCGCCCCCUCCUCCCCUGAGCCUCCCAGGCGGGCGGGAGAAGAGCCAAACCAUCCCUAAACUGCACCCGAGCCAAAGCGGGAGAGAGCUGGGGGAGACCGGGGACCCCGGCAUCUGACAUUUUAAUUGCAGGUUUGACUUUUUUCCCAAGAUCGCAGCCCUCCCGCCCAGCCCAGAUAUUUUAUCUCCCUCCGGCCUUGGUUGCUGGAUGAAGCCGGGCUUGGGCUUGGUCCCAGGAGCAGGGGAAGAGCGCGUUCGCGGCCCCGCGCAGUCGCCCCAGGGACCCCCGAGCCCUGCGCCCCGGCCAUGGUGUGGCUGAGCCCCGCGCUCCGGUGAGGCGGCGGCGCAGCUGGGAGCCCGACGGACCCGCCCUGCAGGACGCCUUCCCCAAGGAACGGGGGUCGCCGGACUCCGCGCCCUCCUGCUGGGACUGCGCACCGGGCCCGAGAAGGCGAGCGGUGGCCGCGAUGUUCAGCUGGCUGCGUUCCGAUGACCGCCGCAGGAAGGACCCCGAGGUCUUCCAGACGGUGAGCGAGGGUCUCAAGAAACUCUACAGGACCAAGCUGCUGCCCCUGGAAGAGCACUACCGCUUCCACGAGUUUCACUCCCCCGCCCUGGAGGAUGCUGAUUUCGACAACAAGCCCAUGGUCCUGCUGGUGGGCCAGUACUCCACCGGGAAGACCACCUUCAUCAGGUACCUGCUGGAACAGGAUUUCCCAGGCAUGAGGAUUGGGCCCGAGCCGACCACGGACUCUUUCAUUGCGGUGAUGCAGGGAGAGAUGGAGGGCAUUAUCCCCGGGAAUGCCCUGGUGGUGGAUCCUAAGAAACCUUUCAGGAAACUGAACGCCUUUGGCAAUGCCUUCUUGAACAGGUUCGUGUGCGCUCAGCUGCCCAACCCCGUGCUGGAGAGCAUCAGCGUCAUCGACACGCCGGGCAUCCUCUCCGGGGAGAAGCAGAGGAUCAGCCGAGGGUACGACUUUGCGGCAGUCCUCGAGUGGUUCGCCGAGCGGGUCGAUCGCAUCAUCCUGCUCUUCGACGCCCACAAGCUGGACAUCUCUGAUGAGUUCUCAGAAGUCAUCAAGGCCCUCAAGAACCACGAGGACAAGAUGCGGGUGGUGCUGAACAAGGCGGACCAGAUUGAGACGCAGCAGCUGAUGCGGGUGUACGGGGCCCUCAUGUGGUCCCUGGGGAAGAUCGUGAACACCCCGGAGGUGAUCCGGGUCUACAUCGGCUCCUUCUGGUCCCGCCCCCUUCUCAUCCCAGACAACCGGAAGCUCUUUGAGGCCGAGGAGCAGGACCUAUUCAGAGACAUCCAGAGUCUGCCGCGAAACGCUGCCCUGCGCAAGCUGAACGACCUCAUCAAGAGGGCCAGGCUGGCCAAGGUUCAUGCCUACAUCAUCAGCUCUCUGAAGAAGGAGAUGCCCUCGAUGUUCGGAAAGGACAACAAGAAGAAGGAGCUGGUGAACAACCUGGCCGAGAUUUAUGGCCAGAUCGAGCGGGAGCACCAGAUCUCACCUGGGGACUUUCCCAACCUGAAGAGGAUGCAGGACCAGCUGCAGGCCCAGGACUUCAGCAAAUUCCAGCCACUGAAAAGCAAGCUGCUGGAGGUGGUGGACGACAUGCUGGCCCAUGACAUUGCCCAGCUCAUGGUGCUGGUGCGCCAGGAGGAGACACAGCGGCCCGCCCAGAUAGUGAAGGGCGGAGCAUUUGAGGGCACUCUGCACGGCCCCUUCGGGCACGGCUAUGGGGAGGGGGCUGGGGAGGGCAUCGAUGAUGCUGAGUGGGUGGUGGCCAGGGACAAACCCAUGUACGAUGAGAUCUUCUACACCCUGUCCCCGGUGGAUGGCAAGAUCACGGGCGCCAAUGCCAAGAAGGAGAUGGUGCGCUCCAAGCUGCCCAACAGCGUGCUGGGUAAGAUCUGGAAGCUGGCCGACAUCGACAAGGAUGGCAUGUUGGAUGACGAGGAGUUCGCACUGGCCAACCACCUCAUCAAGGUGAAGCUGGAGGGCCAUGAGCUGCCCAACGAGCUGCCCGCCCACCUCAUACCCCCGUCCAAGAGGAAAGCCACCGAGUGAUGGGGGGCGGGGAGGUCCAGAGCAGGCAGGAGUUAGAGGAGAUGGGAGAGGCGAUCACACACACACACACACACACACACACACACACACACACACACGUUGGGAACAGCACUGCGGAUAAGGGGACAGUGAUCCCUAGGUCUCCAGGUGGAUCUUCGUGUGGACACAUCUCCAAGUUCUCGGCGUUGCCUGAGGCACCGGAGCGCUCCCAGGGUCCCGGGUAUCAAGCCUAGGUCUCCAUCCCUCUUUCCCUCCCCUAUUCCACUGCCCAGAGACCCGCCUUCUCCCACAGAGGGGGCAGUUCACUCACCCACAGAUGGCCCACCUACCUCCAGAUUCCCCGGACUCAGAGCAUAUGGAAAAGGCUUCUCACUUAAUAGACAAUCCACUUUUUUUCUGUGCUUUCUCCCCCCUCUUUGGCUUCCUCAUAUGAAGUCUGCUCUGGGGCCAGGAGAUGCGAGGGGA